AUGAAAAUGUCAAUCUGAGAAUAGGUAUAUUUUUGAGGGUCAGACGGUAUGUUUGAUCCAUAAAUUUGCGGUCACACUGCUUACUUCUUCUUCUGCGUUUGUGUUUGUCAAAACAAAAUUAACAAAAAAAACAAUUAAUUUGGCCUUAGUUUUGAUAAUUUAAAACAUUGGCCGAUUUAAAAACUUGCAUGUAAUUGAAGAUAUCGCGCGCUACUACAUACAUGUCCGUGUGAUCAACAAUUGUUGCUGCUACAGUCUCGAAUUCAAAAGAAAAGUUGCGCGUCUGGAAAGAAAAAAAUUGAAAUGUUUACUUUAAGUCCCUUGCAAGUUGAAAACCUCAAUUAAACAGUUGGAAAGGCAGUCGCAAGUAGCCAGUAUGCUGCAGUAUAAGAAUGCCACGGCUGCCAAUAGUGCGCCAGCAGCCACGCCCGCUGCCAGCGUUUCCGGGAAGGCGCCACAAGGGAAUGGAAACACCAACGCUGCUGCUGCUGCAGCCCCCACCAUGCAACAGAUCAUCAAUAUCCACCAGAUGCCCACACAGUUCGGGGGCGGCAGCGUUUCAGGCGGACAGCCCCAAGCCAUGCCCCAGAACAUGUUCCAGAUUGUCCAGCCGAUGCACGGGAUGCAGACGGUGAAUAUCGAUGGACAGGAGGCGAUCUUCAUACCCAACCUGAAUGCACAGCUGGCGACAGCACAGGCCGUGAAUAUCAACGGGCAGCAGGCCUUCAUCACGCCCAACGGCCAGAUCCUGCGUGCUCCACAGUCGCAUGCCGGCCAGGCCGGUGGUCAGGCCAUCCAGCUGCAGCAGGCCACGCCCACACAGAUCAUCAAUGGCCUGGGGCAGGAACAGACGCAGCUGUUUACCAUUCCCGGCACUAGCAUUCAGAUACCGGUGACCAAUCUCAUCCAGCAGCAGCAGCAUCAGGGGGCAGUACAGGUCCAGCAGCAGCAGCAGCAGUCCCAGCAAGUAUCGACGGCUGGUGGUCAGGCUGGAGGUUCCCAAGGCGUAGCCACACAGCUGCCGAGCACCAUCACCAUCCCAGGCACGAAUAUCCAGAUACCCACAUCGGUGGCCGCGGCCAAUGGGCUGCUGGGUAACCUCUCGAAUCUGUUGGGCGUCGGCGGUGGAGGCGGCGGCACCUCCACGCUCAAGCUGGAAAAUGGCCAGCUCCAGCUGCGGCCACAGUUGGUGCAAUUCCCGCAGCCCGUGCAACAGCAGACGGUGGCCGUGCAGAUACCCGUACAGACGGCAGGCGGACAGACCAUUUACCAGACGGUCCAUGUCCCAGUGCAGGCAGCGCCCGGUGGUCUGUCCAAUCUGAUGCAAGCCCAGUCGAUGGGCAUGCCCGCUGCGGCGGCUGCCACACAGAUGCACCAGAUGAUGCCACAGUUUGCGCAAAUUGCACAAAUUGUGACGCCCAACGGGCAGAUACAGCAGGUUCAGCUGGCGCCGAUGCCUUACAGCCAGCUGCCGCCGAAUGCGAACAUAAUACAUAUCCAGAAUCCCCACCAGCAGCAACAGCAGCAGCAGCAGGUGCAGGUGCAACAGCAGUUGCAACAGCAACAGGUACAGCAGCACCAGCAGCUCCUCCAGGCCAUUCAAGAGGCCUCGGCGAGUGGCCAGAUACCCGCGAAUCAGCCCAUCACCAUAACGAAUGCCCAGGGACAGCAGCUGACGGUGAUACCCGCCCAACUGAGGCAGAAUCCACAACCCACUGCGACGCCCGCGCCACAGGCAACCACUGCCAUGCAGCUACCCGCCGGACUCCAGGCCCUGCCCAUACAGAAUAUCCCUGGAUUGGGUCAGGUGCAGAUCAUUCAGGCGAAUCAGUUGCCCGCCAAUCUGCCGGCCAAUUUCCAGCAGGUGCUGCAUCAACUGCCACAGAUGCCACAGGUGCAUGCCCAGGCGACAGCACAGACGCAGGCACAGGGUCAGGCGUCGACCAAUGCAACAUCAUCAUCAUCCACUACGAUGCCCAAGCAGGAGCCACAGAGUCCCACGCAGAUGAUUACAAACAUCAAGCAGGAGCCGCCGGAUACAUUUGUCGCUGCUGCUCCAACGGCUAAUCCUCCGCCAUCCACGCUCACAUCGAUGGCAACGUCCCAGCCGCAGCCACAGCAACAGCAAAUCAAAUUCAUUGUGCCGCAGGCGCUGCCAGCCCCGCAGACGGAAGGGGGGAAUCCGAAUUCCCAUUCGAAUACGAAUCCCCUCUCGAAUGUGACUAUCCCAGCGUCCAUACAAAUCACAGCAUUGCCACAGACCCAGCCACAUCCACAGCCCCAGGCAUCCAACGUAGCCACGUCCCUGCCACCGCCUCGAACGCCACCGGUUUCGAUAGCCACCAUUGCCAGGAGUGGCAGUGGCAGUCUCCCCACAAAGGCCACCACCAUAGUGAACACCUCCAGCGCACAGAUAACGAUUGCACCCACCGGCGGGCAGCAGGUGAUGCGAACCACAGCAGCGAGCGGCAUCAGGAGCAACAGCAGCAGCAGCAGCAGCGUCAGCAUCACAAAUCCCAGCAUUACAACGCCAGCGGCCCAGACGAGUGUGAGCGUGAGCAUGGAUGCCAGCGGAGCGGGGGCAGAUAUCAAGCCCAGACUCAAGCGUGUGGCCUGUACCUGUCCCAAUUGCACCGAUGGCGAGAAGCAUUCGGAUAAGAAGCGCCAGCACAUAUGUCACAUACCCGGCUGCCAGAAGGUCUAUGGCAAGACCUCCCAUCUGCGUGCCCACCUCCGUUGGCAUACGGGCGAACGGCCGUUUGUCUGUUCGUGGGUCUUUUGCGGCAAGCGUUUCACCCGCUCCGACGAACUGCAGCGCCAUCGACGCACACACACCGGCGAGAAGCGCUUCCAGUGUCGCGAAUGCAACAAGAAAUUCAUGCGCAGCGAUCAUCUGUCCAAGCACAUCAAGACGCACUUCAAGAGUCGCUCCGGUGUGGAGCUGAUCGAGCUGAGCAUCAAGCAGGAGCAGAAGAACAGCGCCAAGAGCAUCAGCACGAUGAGUGGCAUUGUGACGAUCGAGAUACCUGGCGGCGGUGGUCAGGUGAUGGGCAGUGGUGCCUCCAGUGUGGCGGCAACGGUUGCGGGCUCAACUGUUACAGCAGCACCGGGCGGGGCGACUAUUGUCCAGCUGCCAGCUGGCGUUGUGGGUAUGGUUAGUUAUGGCGAGGACGAAGAGGAUGUGGAUGAUGAGGACUCAUCUGAAUUCAAUUCAUCUGAGGAAGAUGAGGAGGAGCUGGAUGAAGAGGAGCAGGACCCGGACCCGGACCAAGAGAGUGGCGAGGAUGAGGAGAAGGCAAUGACCAUUUCGGUGAGCGAAAUGGGUGAAAAUUCAUCCAACUAGCAUUCGGAGUCGCUGUUCAUGGAACAGUUCAUGUUUGAUCAUUUCCCAUAGCACAGGCAGCAGCAGCCUCAGCCUCAGCCGCAGCAGAUCCUUCUCCUUUAGGAGCGACUCAUUUGUAAAUAAUGUUCAUAAUAUUCCUAAGCAUUUCAAAUGUUACUUUUUGUUUCGUGUAAAAUUGUACAUAUAGCAGAAUCAAUCGAGAGGAUCGACAAUUGUAUUGUUAGUUAAGGGUUUUUUAACAUUUGUACUCAAUUAAUUAACUAGACUGUAGACUUUAAUCGAAAUGUGUUUUUUAAUGCAGUUUUUUAUACAAUCCACCCACACACAGACACACAGAGCAACAACAAAUAUAUACUAUAAAUAACAUCAAAACAACUCGCAAUUACUG